AAAAAACUGCAUUACUUGUCUGUUUUACAUGAGGUCUCAAGUUCAAAUUCCAUUCGAAGCAAAAAUACUAGAUGAUUUAUUUUCAUCUAUUCAAGCUUUGAAGGACAGAGUUACUCGAUACAUGCUGGUCAAAGGUAGCAAGGUAUCUCAUAAAUUUUGUUGAAGUAGGUGCAAGUUGAUCCGAAGACGACGAUUAUAAAAAAAGUUUCAAUUAUUUUACUAUAGAGAAAAUGGACUAACAACCAAAGUUACUUGAGAGCCAGGCAGCCAACUUUGACCCCAAAAGAAAAGAAUUUUUGGGAGCACCUGGUAUGUUUUAUAUUGCACAAUUGCUCAAUUUUACCUGCAGUUUGCUUUUUGUUCUACCAAAAAUACACAGCAAAAAACUUCCACCAGGGCCAACACCAUGGCCAAUAAUAGGAAACCUUCACUUAUUAGGUGCAAAACCUCAUAUAUCACUAGCCAAUCUUGCAAAAAUCUAUGGUCCAAUUAUGAGUUUAAAACUUGGCCAAAUUACUACAAUUGUCAUUUCUUCUUCAACCAUGGCAAAACAAGUCCUUAAAAAUCAAGAUCAAGCAUUUUCAACUAGAUUUAUUCCUAAUGCCCUACAAGCACACAACCAUUACAAAUUUUCUGCAGUUUGGCUUCCUGUUUGUCCUCAAUGGCGAACGCUUCGACGAAUCUUGAACACCAAUAUCUUCUCUUACAAUAGGCUUGAUGCAAAUCAACAUCUAAGAUCUCAAAAGGUGAAAGAAUUGCUUGCUUAUUGUGCAAAAUGUUGUCAUCAAGAAGGUGAAGCUGUGGAUGUAGGUCAAGUUGCUUUCAAGACUUCUCUCAAUUUGUUAUCAAACACCCUUUUCUCUAAGGACUUGGCUGACCCCUUUUCGGAUUCAAAGGUAGAGCUCAAAGAGGUGAUUUGGGGCAUCACGACUGAGGUUGGGAAGCCUAACCUGGUUGAUUUUUUCCCCAUAUUUGAAAAGAUUGAUCUUCAAGGGAAAAGGCGUUGCACAACUAUUUAUUUUGGUAAGUUGUUUAAGCUUUUUGAUGAGUUGAUCAAUGAGCGAUUGGAAGAAAAGAGAAGAAAUCGCAGUGAAAAGAGUGAUGUUUUGGAAGCGCUCCUCAACAUCAGUGCAGAAAAUCCUGAAGAGAUUGAUCAGAAUCACAUCAAGUCCAUGUUCCUGGACCUAUUUGGUGCGGGGACUGAUACAACAACAAGCACAUUGGAAUGGGCAAUGGCAGAAAUGCUUAGACAACCUGAGAUUAUGAGAAAAGCACAAGUUGAGCUUGGAGAAGUCAUUGGAAAAGGAAAAAUAGUAGAAGAAGCUGAUGUUUCCCAACUUCCUUACUUGCAAUGCAUUAUCAAAGAAACCUUAAGAAUGCACCCACCAUUUCCGCUACUUGUCCCACGAAAAGUGGAGCAAGACGGUGAACUGUGUGACUAUAUUAUCCCGAAGGGCUCACAAGUAGUAGUAAACGCGUGGGCCAUUGGUCGAGAUUCUACUUUUUGGAAGGACCCUUUAGUGUUUAAACCCAAGGGGUUUUGGAACUUGGAUUUGGACAUGCGAGGGAAAGAUUUUGAAUUUAUUCCAUUUGGUGUUGGUCAAAGAAUAUGCCCUAGCUUACCAUUAGCAUUAAGAAUGGUUCAAGUGAUGUUGGGUUCACUCUUGAAUUCCUUCAAUUGGAAGCUUGAAGUUGGCAUCGAGGCACAAGAAUUAAAUAUGGAGGAGAAAUUUGGUAUAACCUUAGCCAAAGCCUAUCCUUUGCGAGCUAUUCCAUCCCCUAUCCUUAGUACCUAAUUUGAAGGUUCAUUAACAUAAUAGUCAUAAUAAAGGUGGGAAAUAAAGUAGUAGCAUCGUAAUUACAACCAAAUUUAAAUAAAACUUCGGCCACAUGUGUAAGGCUGCAUACAAUAUACUCUUAUGAUCCAAAAUUUCCCAAGAUCCUGCGCAUAGCGAGAACUUAAUGUACCGAAUUACCCUUUUCAUCGGCCACAAUAUCGGCUUUUUUGAAGAUAUGUUGCACAUGUGUAGCCCUCUAAGAUGAUUAAGCAAUAACCUGUAUUUAGCAAUGAUAAAUAAAUAGCACUUCUCUUUUAUUAA